CCAUCUUUUUCCGGCCUCCGUGUAGUUCCCAUUCCCUCCACACAACUCGUGCAGACAAGACUGGCGUAGAGAAACGUCGAUCCCGCUGUAACAAUUUAUUCCAUUUGCACUGCUUCGGCGUUGCACUACACAAGUUUCUUUCCAGACGAAACUUUCACCCAUUUCGUCGUAUCAUCACCGACUUUGGCUGCUGGAUUAUUGAAACUUGAUCCAGCUUACUUUUUCUCCAAUCAAUCAUCCAAAGAAGGAAACCUUUUCAUAUUUCCGUCGUUGACAUCACGUAAAACUCCACACCUGAAGGAUGUACACCAUUUCCAAAGGACCUAGUCAAAUCGUGGCCAAAACCCGGCGAGGAUUGGCGCAGAAAUUGGAGAGUUUGGACACAAUUCGCGACAUGACGAGGAAGAAUUCCGAUUCGGAUGAAGUGGAAUCUCUGGGCUCCAUGAGCCCACCGAGACCUGUAUUCCAAGCUGUGAGCACGACGAAUAAACGCCACUUUCACAGUAGUCACCGACAUCACCACCAUCACCAACAGCCUGAAAUCCUCACGAGGAGUCAACAGGAAUUAAUCAAAUACGUCUACGACAGAUGGCAGCGAGUGAAUCGAGAAUUGAAAACAUCAACUGUGCCAACUGCCGAGGGUACCUCCGUGACGUAUUACCAGGACGCCAGUCCUAAUCCAGCCCUUCAAGAUUUCGAACCUUUCGACCUGGAGGGAUGGUGGGGCCGUCGUCUCUACCACACGCUGACACAAUCCAUUUGAAAGCCAACCGGCCAUCAGGGUCUCUA